AUGUUUGAAAGUGCAAUAGAGAACUUCAGAUGGUGCUUCACAGGGAUUUAUGGGCCUCACAAUAACUCAGAAAGAGAGAUUUUUAGGCAUGAACUUGCAGCCAUCAGAGGAAUAUGGGAAGAUCAAUGGGUCAUAGGUGGUGAUUUCAAUGUUUGUAGAUACGAGAGUGAAAGAUAUAACUGCAUAAGGAGGUCCAGGGCCAUGAAAUCCUUAAAUGAAAUCAUACAAGAUCUGGGCAUCAUAGACUUGCCUUUCCAGGGGGCUCACUACACUUGGUUUAGGGGUGAAGACUCACUGCAGGCAUCCAGAAUUGACAGGUUCCUCAUCUCCCUAGAAUGGAAUGACAACUUCAAAGCAAUCAAGCAAAUAGCCCUCCCUAGAGUUGUCUCUGACCACAGACCCUUGCUACUACAAUGUGGUGACUGGGCAGCCAACCCUUCAUAUUUCAAGUUUGAAAAUAUGUGGCUUCAGGCUGAAGGCUUCAUGAACAAGGUUAAGGAAUGGUGGCUCAGCUAUGCAAUUGAUGGAAGCCCUGACUUCAUAUUGCUGCAGAAACUAAGGUGUCUGAAAAAAGACAUCACCAGUUGGAACAAGGAGUCUUUUGGCCAACUGGAAGCAAGGAAGACCAAACUUUUGGAAGCUCUAGCUCUAAUGGAAGUAGAAACCGAAAACAGACUAAUGACACAAGCUGAAAAAGAAGAUUCAAUGCACAUUAAGCUGGAGCUGCAACAGUUGGCAAAGGCAGAAGAGGUCUCGUGGAGGCAAAAGUCUAGGUGUCUAUGGCUCAAAGAGAUAGAAACACCAAAUUUUUUCAGAAAAUGGCCAACUCCCACAGAAGGAAUAAUUGCAUACACAAACUGA